AUGUCUCCGCCUCAGCGACUCCUACCUGCUCCUCCCUCGACCCAUGGGCUUUCCAGCACAACGUUUAGACCUCCGCCAUUAGAUGGCUCCUUGACUCUCCCAGAGCUUUGUGAUUGGCACGGCGAACACUCUGCUAACCAUAGACUGUUUGUCUACGCUGAAGACGAUGGCACUGUCAAGAACAUUUUGUGGUCUAGCGCAAGCCAGGCGAUCCGCCGAGCUGCUGAACUCGUCAAGCAACGCCUAGGAGACAAACAAGGCAAGAACGGGGAUCGGGUGGUCGCCAUUCUGUCGUCUUCAGAUUCCAUUCCAUACAUGACGAUGAUCUUGGGAAUCAUCCGCGCGAAUUGUGUCGCCUUCCCGAUAUCCACGCGGAACUCUCCUGCGGCGGUAGCACACCUCAUUGAGAAAACGGGUGUGAAGCACAUCCUAGUUGGGCGUGAACAGGCCAUGCGGGAGCUGGUCGCGCAAUCCCUGGAAGUCUUGAGAACGCAAUACCCAGCGUUUCCGCAGCCGGAGCUCUCACCAAUGCCGGUUUUUGCUGAGUUAUACACUAGCGACGACAGCGAUGAGGCACUUUCCUCGGUAGACGCCCCUUAUGAACGACAAGACUCGGACACACUUGCGCUCAUUCUGCAUUCGUCGGGAUCGACUGCAUUCCCGAAGCCUAUUCCCGCGACUCUCCAACGUCUGUUGCAAUUCGCCAGAGCCCCAUGCUACGGCGAGCGCGAUCUCGUCGAUAAGAUCAUGUCUCUGCAUGGUAACCCGAUGUAUCACGCUAUGGGUUGCACCAUCACCAGUUUUGCUAUUUCAUCGGGCUUGUGCAUUGGCUUGCCCGCACCGAAGUAUCCUCCUCCGAGUCUGACAGCGGGCUUGACGAUCCGCGGGGCAAUGGCUACUCACUCGGACUACAUUCUUGCAGCCCCAUCAAUGAUCGAGAAGUGGUCGCGCGACCCAGACUACGUGAAAUGGCUGAGCGGGUGUAGUGGUGUUCUAUACGGAGGAGGCCCUAUCAACAAGGAGGUAGGAGAUUACUUGGUUUCGUGCGGUGUACCUCUAUUCACCGAAUAUGGGUGCACUGAAUGUGGCGCUGUCAGCACAUUCUUAGAGGCUGAGCUCCCUGGUGAAGAUUGGCAGUAUUUCCGGUUUGCAUAUUCCCUCAAUGUCAGGUUCGAAUCCCAUGGCAAAGAUCAAUAUGAAUGUAUCAUCAUGGCAAAUGAAGUCCUCUAUCCGCAUGUCGUCAACACGAGGGUCGAUGGACUGGAUGGGUAUGCUACCUCUGACGUUGUCGAGCAGCAUCCGACAAAAGAGGGUUAUUGGCGGGUUCUCGGCCGCACAGACGACCAGAUCAUGCAUAGUACGGGCGAGAAGACAAACCCAGGACCCCUGGAGAGUACGACGAAUCAAGACCUACAUGUCGCGGCAUCUGUUAUGUUCGGCCGCGGUCGCUUGCAAACGGGCCUACUGGUAGAACCCAAGGCUGAGUAUAGCUUUGACCCGGCGGAUGAGAACAAGCUGGCGGAAUUCAGGAACCGCAUAUGGCCAACUGUAGAGAGAAUCAACGCUUAUGCUCCACAGCAUUCACGUCUAUUCAAAGAGAUGAUAUUAGUUGCGAAGCCAAGCAAACCCUUUGCGUACACCGCGAAGCAUACUGUACGGCGCGGUGUCGUGCUCAAAGCUUACGAAGACGAGAUCAACGCUCUCUAUGACACGGUCGAUGCCAGUGCGCAAGUUGAAGUCGCUCUCCCGAAGCAAUGGCACCUCGACGAAGCUACGGACUUUGUCCGGAGCGUCGUUAAGAAGGUCAUGGGUCGCGAAGUGCCAGAUGAUGACGACAUUUUCCAGAGCGGAUGUGACAGCCUGCAGGCCACUUACAUCCGCAACGUACUGCUCCGCGCCAUUCGUGAGUCGACCAAGGUCAACAUCAAUACGAUCCCCGAUGGCUUUGUAUAUGAUAACCCAACCAUUUCGCGCAUCGGUUCUUUCAUGUCCACGGUUGCGCGCAGUACCAACGGAAAGGAACAUCUUGGAUCGUCCACACCCCGCAUUGAUUCAAUGCACGCGAUGGUUGCCAAAUACACAGCCGACUAUCCGACUUUCCUCUCGGACCACAAUGUUCCCUCGUCAAAUCCUGCAGAUGUCGUACUAGUAACCGGUACCACCGGCAGCCUGGGUUGUCAUCUUCUUGCUCAACUAGCCGCAAAUCCCGAUAUCCGGCGCAUCUACGCCUUCAACAGGCCGUCUAGCAAUGGUGACACGAUCAGGCUCCGCCAGGAAAGAGCGUUGCGCGAGCGGGGAUUGGACACAAGCGCGUUAGACUCCAGCCGAGUGGUGAUGCUGGAAGGUGACCUGACGCGCCCAAAACUUGGAUUGACGGACGAUAUCUAUCAAGAGAUGCACACUUCGGUGACACACAUCAUACACAAUGCGUGGCCCGUCGAUUUCGCCCUGAAGUUGGCAUCAUUCGAACCUCAAGUCCACGGGAUUCGUGCUCUGAUCGACUUCGCGCUCACCGCACCGAUGCAUGCACAACCACCUCACGUCCAGUUCACAAGUUCCGUUGGAGUCGUUCAAAAUAUGCCUCCAGACAAGCUCUGCGCUGAGACAACGUCUGAGCCUCACGACGUAGUUCCCACUGGCUAUGCCGAGUCGAAGUGGGUAUCCGAACAAAUCCUGUACCAUGCAGCAGCACAUACAGCUCUACGACCGCUGGUUGUUCGGGCGGGCCAGAUAUGCGGGGGGCCCGAUGGUGUGUGGAACGCUCAUGAAUGGUUCCCUUCCAUGGUACAAAGCGCGCGAAUAGUGGGAUGCUUCCCAGAUGACACGAGGGCUGUUGAUUGGAUACCUGCUGACCUCGCGGCCGCGGCAAUUAUCGAUUUUCGAAAAUCCUCGAAUCGCACAGGCACCGUACAUCUUGUGCAUCCACGUCCGGUCUCUUGGCGGUCACUUGCGACUUUCGUCGCUGGUGAAUUCUCGGUACCCCUCGUACCGUAUUCGACGUGGCUCGGCAAGCUCGAGAAUUCGGUUUCCAAGUACAACUCUCGCCUGGCCGUAGCGUCUUCGGUACCUCGUGGCCUACACGCGUCGCGCCUACUGUCGUUCUACAGAAGCCUAGCAAAUCGGGUCGACGCAGGACCAAUGGCGCUAGGAAUGGUGAAUCUUGACUUGAAAGAGGCUCUCAGCGCAUCACCUACCCUGGCGGACCCUGGAUUGAGACGCUUGCGGAUGGAAGACAUGCAGAGAUGGAUGGCGUAUUGGCGGAGAACGAGUGUCUUCUCUUGA